GGAUUUCACGCCCUUCAUCAGCCACUUUUCUCACAAAGAGAGAGAGAGAGAGACGCCUGUCAUUUUUUCCCUUAAAAAAUAUCGCUACAACCGCGUACCUUAGCGCAACACCCGCCACUCCGCUAGCGUGCGCCAUCCGGAAACUCCAACGUUGACGAACAACACCCACUUCUCGCAACCUUCUAGAACCCCAUAGAAGCACUCCUCCAUUACUCACACACGUUAUACAACCCCCCAUUUUUUUUAUCAUUUUUUUUUUGUGCGGAAGCAAAGGUUUAGUGCACAGAAAGCAAGGAAGAAAAGGAGAAACCUUUUACUUUUUUUUUCUCUCUCUUUCCCCCUUUGUUUUUCUGUUGUUUGUCAGGAAGGAGAUUCAAAAUGGGCGUUGAUUACUACAACAUACUGAAAGUUUCGAGAAAUGCGUCUGAAGAUGCUGUGAAGAAAUCCUACAAGAGAUUGGCGAUGAAAUGGCACCCCGACAAGAAUGCUGUCAACACCAAGGAAGCCGAGGCCAAAUUCAAGCAGAUUAGCGAGGCCUACGAUGUGUUGAGCGAUCCGCAUAAGCGGCAGAUCUACGAUUCGUACGGCGAGGAAGGUCUGAUUUCCGGUUUCCCGGCGCCGAAUUCCACUGAUAGGGAUGCCGGAGUGGGCGGCGGCAAUGGCUUCAGGUUUAGUCCGAGGGAUGCUGACGAUAUUUUCCAGGAGUUUUUCGGUGGGUUUGAUGAUGUUGGGAAAGGGAAGAUCUCCGCCGGCGGUGGGAGGUUGAAGAAGGCGGCGGCUAUGGAGAAUAAGCUGCCGUGUACACUGGAGGAAUUGUACAAGGGUUCGAGGAGGAAGAUGCAGAUAUCAAGAAUCGUUCUUGAUGAAUCUGGUAAACCCGGUACAGUCGAAGAGGUCUUGUCGAUACACAUAAAACCCGGUUGGAAAAAGGGUACAAAGAUCACAUUCCCGGAGAAAGGUAACCACGAAACCGGUGCUGCUCCCGGUGACCUAAUCUUCGUUAUUGACGAAAAGCCCCACAAGGUUUUCAAACGAGACGGAAACGAUCUAAUCAUCAACCAGAGAAUAUCCCUUUUAGAUGCUCUCACAGGCAAAACUCUCAGCAUAACAACCUUGGACGGUCGAGAUCUGCCUGUUACGUUAUCGGACAUAGUCAAACCUGGUCAAGAAGUCGUGAUUGAAAACGAGGGAAUGCCGAUUUCGAAAGAGCCUGGUAAAAAUGGGAAGCUGAGGAUUAAGUUCGACGUUAAGUUCCCUUCGAGGCUUUCUACCGAUCAAAAGUCCGAUUUGAGAAGGGUUUUGGGCAGGACAACUGGAUAACUGUUCGAUUUGAUUCUUCGGUCGAAUGGUUACGAAUUUGCUGCCGUAAGUGUAUAUAUAUAACCUGACUUAUUCAGAAUUGUGAAUAGUAGCCAAAGAAAAGACCUUGUUGAGGGCUUCUCUUUUUCGGUUUUUUUUUUUUUUCGGGCAAUGUUUAGAAGUAUUUAGGUCUAACUUAGCACACAGCCAUAUCGGCUGUCGAAGACAACCGUUUGGCUUUUGCUAUGUCGAAUCUGUAAAAUACAAUAAUGCCCCCCUCUUGUUCAUUGAGGGAAGUGGAUCUUAUUUAAUCUUGUAUUGUUUGUUGGAAGAGAUGAUUUUUAUCUUUC